AGUCGCGAUUUCAGGUCCAACACGGGACACGACCGCUCUUCGUCCCCAGCGCCUCGAGCUGCCGCCCCCUUUCUCGGUCUUCCUCUCCUUGCUCUCUCAGACCUCACUCCUUUUCAUUUCUCCCAGUUUCCUCCGUCUCUCACUGCUUCGCCCGGGCUCUCUUCAUCGUUCGCAGCUCCCUCGCUCCUCUGUCCAUCCGUCGCAUUCCUUCUCCAUCUGUCGCUGCAAGAGGUGGCUAGGGCAUCUUCCUCCCUCCCUCCCCCGGAGUUCCUCACACCGUUUGUUACUCGUACGGAGGGUUUCGUCAGCACCGAUCCUUUCACAUAAUAAGCUCAUGAUUUGAUUCCAGUGGAUUUGAUUGAGGUCUUGACUUGGUUUUGCCUGUGCAUUGGGUUUCAUGUGAUGUGGGCUCCGUUUAUGGCAUAGAUUAAGGUACUACUACUACAUAUAUAUGUACAGUGGAUGGGAGACGAGAUGGAACAACGUAUGCCUCCCAAGGAGAACACAAGCAUGCCUGUCAUUGUCGUACAAGAUGGGAACAAAGGCGAGUUAGAUUCUAGCUCAAAAGUGAAUGAUGUAGUUGAACCACCUUCUGCCGGAAUGAUAUUUAAUUGUAUCGAUGAAUUGUACGAAUUCUACAAAACAUAUGGCAACCAAGAAGGUUUUCCGGUGUUCAAAAAGUCGACCAAAAAUGAUAAACAAGGGAGAUUGCACUUCGUCACGCUUUCAUGUGGUCGUGGUGGGAAGUCGAGAUGUAAACGAGAAAAGUUGGUGAAUCCGAGCUUGACGAUGAAGAUCGAGUGUAAUGCAAAGCUCAAUGCAAGAGUGUAUGAUGAUGGUGUCGUGCGAGUGACGUCUGUUUUUCUCGAGCAUAACCAUGAACUGAGUCCGACCAGAGCACGUUAUCUUCCACGCCGGAGGAGUGUUGGUACCAGUAUGAAAAGACGGCGAGAGAAAAUUGAUGAAGCUGGAGUUACGGUGGCAAAGACUCUUACUUCUUCUGCUGUUGAAUGCGGAGGACAUGAAAGUGAACCGUCCUUAGAGAAGGUUUGUCAGAACUAUAUUGACAACAUUGACAAAAGAAGGAAACUGUGUCUUGGUGUUGGAGAUGCUGGGGUGGUUUGCAACUAUUUCAAUAGAAUGCAGGAGCAGAACUCCAAUUUUUAUUAUUCCCUGGAUUUUAAUGAAGAUGGUCACAUCAGAAAUAUUUUCUGGGCAGAUGAGAGGAGUCGAGCGGCCUACAAGUCAUUUACUGAUGUUGUCUCUUUUGAUACUACCUACCUGACAAACAAAUAUGAUCUGCCAUUUGUUACUUUUGUUGGAAUUAAUCAUCAUGGUCAACCUUUGCUCUUUGGUUGUGGGCUCGUAUCGGGUGAGGAUACCGAAACAUUUGUGUGGUUGUUCAUGCAGUGGCUUGCAUGCAUGUCUGGCAAUGCACCAAAGGCUGUAAUUACUGAUCAAGAUAUGGCUAUACAUAAGGCCAUCGAGAUUGUCUUCCCUGAGGCUCGACACAGAUGGUGUUUAUGGCAAAUAAUGAAGAAAAUUCAUGGAAAAUUAAGCUGUCAUUCCAACAAUGAACAAGUGAAAGCCACCUUGAUGCAAGCUGUAUAUGACUCGAUGAGCAAAGAAGAGUUUGAUUUCAACUGGGGCCAGAUGAUUCAGAAGUAUAGUCUUCAAUCUAAUGCAUGGUUGAGUACAUUGCAUGACGACCGUCAUCGUUGGGUUCCAGUUUAUGUGAAAGAUAGUUUUUGGGCAGGAAUGUCGACAACACUGAGAAGUGAAAAUGUGCAUGAAUUCUUUGAAGGACAUGUGAACUCGAAAACCACGCUAAAACAGUUUGUGGAACGAUAUGAUAAAGCACUAAAGACUAAAGUUGAGAAAGAAUUACAAGAAGAUUUGAACUCGUUGAACUGCUAUUGUCCCUGCGUAAGUCACUACAAUAUCGAGAAACAAUUUCAACAAGCAUACACCAAUAAUAAAUUUAAAGAAAUUCAGGAGGAGUUUAAGGGGAAAAUGUUCUGUUAUGUGCAUUCCAUGAAAGAAGAAGAUGACUUUGGUGUGUAUGAGGUUAUAGAAGACAUGGUUGUUGAGAAUGGCUUGAGUAACCAAAAGGUCUGUUUCACUGUUUAUUUCAAGCAGGCAGAAUUUGAUGUGAGAUGCAGUUGUCGUUUAUUUGAGUUUCAAGGAAUUUUAUGUCGCCAUAUCAUUACUUUACUCACAGUGAAAGGUGUGUAUUUGGUGCCACAAAAGUACAUUCUUCCAAGGUGGAGGAAGGACUUCAGAAGGGAACACACAAAAGUAAAAGUCAGCUAUAAUAACUGGAAUUCAACUCCUGAGAUGCGGCGGUAUGAUUUGAUAUCCAAAAAGUCUGCUGUGUUUGCAGAUUUCGGAUGCACAUCCGAAGAUAACACACAAAUUGCAUUAGAUUUCAUUGAACAGUUUAGGCAAAAGUUUAACAUUGCUGAUCCACUGAAUGUGAAUGGUCAACCUAUUUUUUCGGUCAGCGGGAGUUGUCAACCUUAUCAAUGAUCUGGUUUUAUGCAUGAUGUCCAGAACAUUCAUAUUAUCAACGAUCAUUUUUUUUUGUAUGGCCUUGUUAGUAUCAUGAAAUGGGACAUAUCAAAGUUUGCUUGUUGAAAGCCACAAACAGGUUAGAAAUAUUUUGUAUUUCAUGUGGGCUUUAUAUUGCGAAUACUCUGUUCGAGCA